AUGCCUAGCCCAGUGGCAGAUCUUAAUCCUUCUCCUUGUGACAUUCGGUUAGAAAAGGAACCUUCUUUGAUUGCUUUGGCUUUAGGACCUUUUGAAGGCUGGAAGCCUGUGAGAGUAAACUCCCAACUCCUUAAGUCUCCAGUUCAACAGGGUUUACAACAAGCCCUUAAAGAAGGUGAGGAUGUAUCUGCAUUUUCUCUGGCCUACCCAGUUUUUGAGGCUCAGGAUGUUCAAGGAAGCAUUGUUCGUCAACAUGCUCCAAUUCCUUUUCAGCAAUUAAAAGAAUUAAAAAUGGCUUGCGCCCAAUAUGGGCCGACUGCCCCUUUUACUUUAGCGGUGCUAGAUUCUCUUGCAACUGAGGCCUUGCCACCUUCUGAUUGGAAACAGAUUGCUAAGGCUUGCCUAGCUGGAGGAGAUUAUUUGUUAUGGAAAUCUGAAUAUUCAGAACAAUGCCAGAAAGUAGCAGAUCUUAAUAGACAGCAAGGAGAACUUAGUGUAAUUUAUGAGAAGCUAGCAGGAGAGGGAAUUUAUGCUGAGGUUACUCAGCAAUUAGGUUUUCCCCCAGGUGUGUAUGCUCAGAUUAAUACUGCUGCUAAGAAUGCUUAAAAACUUCCUUCAUCUGGAUGAGCGUCAGAAGAUAUUUCUAAAAUCAGACAAGGGCCGGAUGAACCUUUUCAAAAUUUUUUAGAUCGUUUGUUACAAACUGCCAGGAGAGUCAUAGGAGAAUCUGAAGCUGGUAUAGUUUUAGUAAAACAAUUGGCCUAUGAGAAUGCUAAUUCUGCCUGCCAAGCUGCCCUUCGCCCUUUUAGAAAGAAGGCUGAUUUAUCAGAUUAUGUUCGCUUGUGUGCAGAUAUAGGUCCUUCUUACACUCAAGGCCUUGCCAUGGCUGCAGCUUUACAAGGAAAAACUGUAAAAGAGGUUUUAUAUCAACAACAUAGCAGGGGCCCUCCAAAAAAGGGAAAUAAUGGAAAUUGCUUUGGCUGUGGUCAGGCAGGACAUUUAAUACGAGACUGCCCACAACAUAAAAAAAAUGGAUCUUUUUCAAAGCCUCCUAAAGAACGUGGUUUAUGUCCUAAAUGUAAAAGAGGAAAACAUUGGGCCAAUGAAUGCAGAUCUAAAAAAGAUAUUAUGGGUAAUCCUAUCCAGUCAAAUGGAUGGAGGGGCCAGCCUCAGGCCCUGUAUCAAAUUUUGGGGGCAUUUCAGAAUCCGAAACCUCAGAUCAUCCCUCAAAAUCAGUCAAAAAAUCUGUUCAGGACUUAUCCCGAGCCACCUUAG